AACAUACCAGAGCUGCAAGGUACAUCUCCUUCCUCUUCUCAACCUUCAGUCGGUCUUGGCGGAGCAGUGUGAGGUGAGCCAUGAGCCGGAGCAACGGCAACAGCGGCGGCGGCGGCGGCGGAAGGAGCGCACGGCUGGAGCUUCAGCUGCACCUGUCGCCGCCGCCCGCGGGGAGGAUGGAGGUGGACGGGGGCGACGGCAGCGACUCGUCGUCGCCGAGCUCGUGCGUGUCGUCUGACGGCAGCCCGGGCGGGAAGUCGCCAAUGGUGAUCGGCGCCUGCACGCGGUGCAUGAUGUACUGCAUGGUGGCCAAGAGGGACUUCCCCACCUGCAUCAACUGCAAGCAACCCUGCCUCGUGGACCUCCUCCACGCCGGCGGCAGCGGCGGCAAGAGCAAGUGAAGGAAGACGAGCGUGCCCGCCCGCCCAGUGGAUGCUCAGACGGAUGGUUACCUCAGUCUUGCUUGAUGCGCGGAUCUUGGGGCGCGGUGGGUGGCGGAGUGACCGCCGUUGGAUCAUCCACUGGACAGGGCCUAUUUCUAUUUGCUUCAGUAGUAGGCUGGUAGAGACUAAGCUU